AUGUCCCGAGUCCGAUGCCCUGCCGUGCUGCCUGUGGGUGACCUCUGGGACCAGGCCGGUCGCUAUCUGCUGGUAACGGGCGCUGACAACCCGGGGGCAGCGUCCGCCGCCGGAGGACCGCGUGGUAUACUGCAGAACGCCGCCUUCUUUCACGUACUGCGGGAGCGACCGGCGCUGGGCGGCGGCCGACUGUCUCUGUUUUCCAGGUAUGACGGCAGGACCCGCGUGCUCGGAUGGGUGUCCCCCAGCCGUCCUAUGCCCCCGCUGAAGCCGCCGCCUGCCGACUUCGGCGGUCGGCCGUUGAAGUUUGUCAGCUUCGAGCACGAGCCGACGACGUUAUAUCUGGACGGAACGCCGACCGGCCGGCUGGCCGGCGUCGAUCCAUAUGUUGCACAGUUUGCCGCGCGGCUCUACAACUUCACUCUGCUGUUCUCUGAGCCUUCCGACGGCCUGCGCUGGGGUGACAACGGCUUCGGCUACUGGACUGGCCUGGUGGGGGACAUGGUGCAGCGGCGCGCCCACUUCGGCAUGGCCAACCUCUUUAUCACACAGCCGCGCUCUCAGAUCAUCGACUUCAGCCGGCCGUACGACUUUGAGCAGGCGUGUUUCGUGGUGUGGCAGCCGCCGCCACUGCCGCGCUGGCUGGCGCUGCUGCGGCCAUUCUCGGCCAGCGGCUGGGCAGCGGCCGGCGCCCUGCUGGCCGUCAGUGCGCUAACCGUGCUGGUGCUGGGCCGCGCCGCCGCGCCGCGCGAGAGCCCGCUGUUCAGCCAGCCGGGGUUCGUGGCGCUCUACAGCCUGGGCGGCCUGGUGGGUGUGUCGCACGCCUCCCUGCCGCGUGCCGCCUCUGGGCAGAUCUUCAUGGGCACCUGGCGUUUCUGCGCGCUCACACUGGCCGUCGUCUACAGCAGCAAGCUGAUCGCUAACCUGACGGUGCCGCUGGCUCCGGCGCCGCUCGACACCAAGCAGGAGCUGGCUCUGAGCGGCGUCACCGUCUCCGGCUACGGCAGCAUGUUUGGAGAACUACUCAACGCCUCGACCAACUACUGGGACCGCCGGCUGGCACUGAAUUACGAACCCACGUACGACAUCCGCGCGACUUUGCGGCGCGCUUACGACCACAAGGGUACCUAUAUUGUCAACAGCAUGUCUCUAGCGUACCUGAUCCGCAAAUACUACACGACGGCCAGCGGUGAGCCGCUGCUGCGCAUCAUGCGCCAGUGUUUCGGCAGCUUCAUGGUGGGCAUAGCGCUGCCGCGCCGCUCGUUUCUCACUCCUCUACUGAACGUGGCGGUGAGUCGUCUAACCGAGGCCGGUCUGAUGCAGCACUGGUCUCGCAGCGCGCUGCGAGCAGUCGGCAGGCAGUUGGCCGUCGGGGAAAAGUCACCCGAUCAGCCGGCCAGAGAUGCUGAGGGGCGCCUCAGCCGACUCGGGCUGGAGGCGCUCCAGGGCCCGUUCCUGCUCCUGAUGAUGGGCUGGGCCGCCGCGCUGCUGUCGCUGGUCACAGAGAUCGCCGUGAAACGCUGUCGGCGCCGCGUUUCCCGGACCGGAUAG